AGUUCGCCUGCUUUUUCUCCUGUGGGUUUUUACCUUUGCGGUCUUCAUCGAAUUCGCCAAGAAAAAAAAACAUAUAACAUCCUUCCUUGUCCUGCUCCAGUUCCGUUCGUAUUAUUUUUAUUAUUGUUGUUAUCUGUCGUGCUUGCGUUGCCCUGUCGUGCGUGGUGAAGCCGCCCUUUUCCUUUUCUCUCAUUCGUUUUCUCACCGGCGUAUUCCUUUUUCCCCAAUUACACCGCUAUUCACUCAGAUCAUGGCGUACCCUUACGGUGCUCCCAACCCCAACGUGCCGAACGCGGGUGGCUACCCCGGCGCUGGCGGCUACGCAGUCGUUGGCACCGUCAUGAACGCCAGCGUCGCCACGAGCGCCUAUGGAGCACCGCAUGGCGAUUCGCCGCUGCCGUACAACGCGCAGUACUCCUACGGGCAGCCGCAGGCCAUGCCGCAGGCCAACGGCGUCUACGCGCCGGUGACGGACAUGAUGAACAACAACCCCGAGCUGCUGCAGUGGUUCCGUGCGGUGGACCUGGACGGGAACGGGUCCAUCAGCGUCCCCGAGCUGAACGCGUCCCUCUCGUCGGCCGGGGUGCCGUUUAGCCUGGCGACCACCGAGAAGCUGCUGCAGAUGUAUGACAAGGACAAGAACGGCGAGAUCACGUUUAACGAGUACCAGGACCUGCACCAGUUUAUCAUGAGCAUGAAGAACGGCUUCCGCCAGCGUGACACGACCGGCGAUGGUCGACUGGACGGCAACGAGGUGCGUGCGGCCCUCACCGCCAGCGGCUAUCAACUGUCCGAGCAGACCUUCCAGGCCCUCAUGCGCAAGUUUGACCGUCAGCGCCGCGGCAGCCUCGGCUUCGACGACUACGUGGAACUGUCCAUCUUCAUCUCCAAGGUGCGCAACGUCUUCGCCUUCUACGACCGCCAGCGUACCGGCCAGGUGACGUUCAACUUCGACACCUACGUUGCGGGCAGUGUUUCCAUUCUGUAA